UGAGUCUUUAUUUUCCUGACUGCAGCUCUCUUCAUUCUGCCAUCCUUUUCCAGCUCCAUGAUGAUCCUGCAGGUUUCAGGGCAUCCCUGGACAGUGGAUCUGACAGCACUACUGAUGGUGCUGCUCAUAUCUGUGGUCCAGGGCUGGGCCACUCCAGAGAACUCCGUGUACCAGGAACGGCAGGAAUGCUACGCGUUCAAUGGGACUCAGCGCUUUGUGCACGGGGUCAUCUACAACCGGGAGGAAUACGUGCAUUUUGACAGCGCAGUGGGGGAGUUCCUAGCAGUGAUGGAGCUGGGGCGGCCCACGGGCGAGUACUUGAACAGCCAGAAGGACUUUAUGGAACGGAAGCGAGCCGAGGUGGACAAGGUGUGCAGACACAAGUACGAGCUGAUGGAGCCACUCAUCUGGCAGCGUCCAGUCCAGCCGAGGCUGAACGUCGCCCCCUCCAAGAAGGGGCCCCUACAGCACCACAACCUCCUCGUCUGUCACACGACAGAUUUCCACCCAGGCAGCAUUCAAGUCCGAUGGUUCCUGAAUGGACGGGAGGAGACAACUGGGGUCGUGUCCACUAGCCUCAUCUGUAAUGGAGACUGGACCUUCCAGAUCCUGGUGUUGCUGGAAAUGACCCCCCAGCAGGGAGACGUCUACACCUGCCAAGUGGAGCACCCCAGCCUGGACAGUCCUGUCAUGGUGGAGUGGAGUGAGGGUCUGAUGACCCUCUAGAUCCCACCUCUGAAGAGCAGGGACUCUCUGGCUCUGGAGUUCACUCGUCUUGUCUUCUGUGUCUAUACCCUGGGGCCAUGU